AUGCAAGCAGAUAUAAUGCGAGAAUUCAUGAGCACACUCGACAGCUGCAAUGAACAUCUCAAAGAUUGCCAUAGCUUGUGCUUGCGUAUGGGCACACCGCAAUGGACAGCAGACUCAAACUCUCGAUUGACCAUGUCAUGGAACUUCUUCUUCACGUACCUCAGUAAAGCGGCCAUUUUACUACAGCUCGAGUUACUCGACGCGCAACCGACCGAUGCCACCCCAUCUCCGAUUCCAACACCUCAGUCGUCAACGCCGAAACUAUCCCUCGCUCGCCGAGACUCCUUCCUGAGUAAUGGCGGUUCGGAGAACUUUACAAUAGAAGGAAGAGUGGGAAGAAGGGAGCGCGCAGAGCGACAAAGGCGGAAAGACACACAACAAAACCCUUUGCUCGUCACAACAACAGGAAAUAAGCUGAGGAAGCCCAACACCCGGGCACCGUCGAUUAUCAUGGGCUUCUCGGACAGUAGCAGCACCGUCAGUAGCUUUAGUGACAGGGCCUCCGUCACGGUUUCUCCAAGUCUGCCGCGAAUAACCGAAGAAAAGACACCAGCUAUGUCAAUACUUAGUAUUCCAAGAACACUACCUCCGGAAUACUCCAAGGAUACCAGGGACGCCAAAACGUUAAUCUCAACAACAAAAGAUGAUGCUCACUAUAAUUUCCCAAUGACAACCUCUUCACCCCCAUCUGUUCUGCCAGUGGAAUCUGAACCACAAAUGACUGAAGCAAGCUUUGCUCCAUACGGACAUCCUCCCUCUAAUCACAUGGUACCAUCAGGUUGGCAAACCCCUAUGCCAAUGCCUCCUCCAACACCGAUACAACGCCCAAUGGUUCCCGUUCCUCAUUUACCCCCAUCACGGGUAGCUGCUUAUAAGCCAAGCAGGUCUUCCCUACGUGAGUCGGUAGCCUUACACCUUUCACCAUUUCCAGCGUUUUCAGUUGACUUGAUUAAACCGUCAGCAAGAUGUGCGCAUGGGAUCAGGCACUUCAAGGGACACUCAAGCUGUCAGUGGGGUUGUUGUAGCUCUAGAGGAUGUGGGCAAUCUUACUACUAA